CACUUAAGAGGCUUUCAGGUUCACUGUACAUUCCAGACCAGCUUGUGCUUAUGGACAAAAUCUAAUCUGCUACAGAACGGAAAUAUCAGUAGUGACCAUGGCAAAAGAUAUUCCUUAGGGAGCUGCCUGUUUUUAAGCCAAGUGUUCAUGAUAUGAUCCAGCUGCUCAUAGGGAUCAACAAUCCCCUUGUGAAAAAUGGUUAAAAACGGAUCCCACCUGGAUGCUGAAACUCUGGCAAUGCUCCAGAAUAAGGCUAUCUCCAUGACCCUCCCUGUUGUGUACACACUGGUGGCUCUGAUCAGUAUCCCUGGCAACUUGUUCUCCCUUUGGGUGCUCUGCUGCCACAUCAAACCCAAAACCCCUUCUGUUAUAUUCAUGAUCAACCUCAGCAUCACAGAUCUUAUGCUGGCAAGCUGCUUUCCCUUCCAGAUUUCCUAUCACAUCCAAAGCAAUCACUGGAGCUUUGGCAAAACUCUUUGCAGCCUCGUGACUGUGAUGUUCUACUCAAACAUGUAUUCUUCCAUCCUGACCAUGACCUGUAUCAGCAUCGAGAGGUACAUGGGGGUGGUUUAUCCCCUGAAGUUGAUCAAGUGGAGAAGAAAACGAUAUGCCCUGGCUGCCUGCCUGGGAAUGUGGAUUUUCUUGCUACUAGCCUUCUACCCGCUAGAAAGCACAGAUCUGACCUACGAAGUGCAAGAAUUGGGGAUUAUAACCUGUUUUGAUGUCCUUAAAUGGGAUAUGCUGCCCAACUUUGCAGCCUGGGUAGCCUUUCUCCUCACGUUAUUUGUCGUGCUCUUCCUCAUCCCUUUUGUGGUAACAGUUGGAUGCUACAUUGGCAUAAUUCGGAAGCUUAUUCAGACAUCCAGCAGAUAUGGUAACAAGCAGAAAACAAGGUCCAUAUACCUGGCAAUGAUCGUCCUUCUGGUAUUCAUCACUUGCUUUGCUCCCAAUAACUUUAUUCUGCUUGCACAUAUGGUCAUCCGCCUGUUUUAUGACAGGAGUUUGUAUCCUGCCUACAAGUUCACCUUGUGCCUCAGCUGCCUCAACAACUGCAUAGAUCCCUUCAUUUAUUAUUUUGCAUCCAAAGAGUUUUACCAGAAAUUCAUGCAAGUGUUUCGCCCUAAGGUACUGCUCAGUGACAGCUUGGAAAACAGAAGGGAAAGUUUAUUCUCUGGCAGGACCAUGUCAGCCAGAUCAAUGUCAAGCGGACCUAUGGAUGGGUUAGAAGGAGUAAAGGUGUAUCUGCAAAGGCAAGAAAGUGUUUUUUAGCCUUAGACAUUCCCAGCAGAAAAGCAUCCAUGAGAUUCAUGAGCAGACACAGAAAACAUUUCUUUUUAAAUAGCUGCUCCCCAGAUACCUUGCUGCAGCAACAAGAAGUCAAGCCACACCCAUAUUGUGCAUCCCACUUUGGUAUUUUCUGGUAAGAAAUGGAAGUGUUAAAGAAACUGAGAUUAUUUAAGAAACCACUGAAGCAACU